ACGCCGUGAGUCCGGGAGGUUUUGGCCGUGGAAGCGCGCCAUGCGUAGAAGAAGAGGGUGGAGGGUCUUUCCAUCGGGUUUUCUUGGUGUGGCUAAAGUGGCUAACGGCUACCUGCUCGUUCAAAACACCGGCAACUUAACCCGGGUCUGCAUGUCUAACAAAAAAACACCGCCGAGAAGCUGUUUGCGUCCUGUUGUAAAGAUAUACUUGGAGUAUUGUCAGGGCGCUACUUUGGUUUUCACGUGAAGGACAAGGUGCUCCACGGGGCUCCGCUCCACAUCCAUGAACACGAUCAUGCACAGCCACAUCAUGGAGAGAGGGAGGCAGAAGAAGCUGAAAAGCCUCACAGAGGAUAGCCUGGGCACAGAGUUGAUCAGCACCGGGCGCUUUUGCUUCAGUUGUGAGCAGAUAUUCGCGAGUCGGAAAUGCGUGGAGGAACACAUGUGUUCCGCUGCGAGCUUCAUCUGCUCCUGCGGGACUGAGUUCACUGAAUACAAAGACAUGCUGGAGCACAGCACGACACAUGAACCGGGGCACCAAGUGCUCGAUCAUCAGACAAUAAAGAAGCGGCGCAUUGAGAAGCGCAUAGAAGAGGAGGAGCAGCUGAAGAGACUAGAGACCGGUGAGGUUGUCUGGAAGGCGCCCAAGUUGGACAAUGUGGCAUCAAUUUCUUUGCCCAUGAAGGCUGGGCUGCAAGCAUCCUUUACAUCAGCUCAUAUGCCACAAAUUGCCAUGCAGUCUAGUCAGAUUUCACAAGUGCCUGAGUUGUACCCCUCUGUGUCACAAGCGUAUUUUCUCCCGAAUCCUGUCUCCUCUCCAAAAGACAUGAACAAUAUUUUUGCAAAUGUAGGUACACCAACAGUGGAUCUUUGGACACUUUACCAGCCAGUCGUGUUGAUCCAAACAGUGCGCUCCUUUAGCAAGAAAAAGCCUUACGCCUGUGGUAAAUGUGGGCAGUGUUUUAUGACAAAGACGUCUCUCGUAUACCACCACAGCUCUCAUGUCACAGAUAAAGUUUCUGGCUGUAUAGGAUGUGGGCUGCUGCUGUCCAGCAAGAAGCUAGUGCCUCGCUUCCAUGUUUGUAACUCACCCUGCCCAGCUACUAAAUUCAGACUCAUCACUGCGAGACCGCUCAAGAGCAAGAAGUUAAAUCCAGCCGGGACAGACUGGAGUCGGAAUCUGAGUGCAGGGUGGCCUCAGGGCGCUUCCUCUCUCCAGGUGAAAAGCCAGACUCUCAGUAUGGCCAAUACAGGUGGUCAGACACCUCGCGCCACUUCCACCCUGCAGUUGAAAAGUCAGAAUAUCAGGCCAUACAAUCAAAACAAUCAGGGGCUUCAUGUCACUGCGUCCUUUAAGGGUCAGUCUGCACGUGCAUUCGCACCUUUUAGCCCCCUUUCAGCGAAGCGCCUGAGUCUAAAUCCCAGUGCAUCUAGUAAAAUCAGUCACAGGCUUCCUGUCACUCCCUCCAGGCAGUGGAAAGUGUCCACAAACUCUGCAUCAGGCGUGUCAAGCAAACUAAUGGCAGCGUCCACUGCAUCGAAAGGGUUCAUGUGUAAAGUCUGUCAUCUUCCUUUUGAAACAGCUCAGCUGCUUCAGAGGCACAAGUGUAUCAAAGCGCAGGAGUUUAUGGCUCAGCACGUGCGAGCCGGCAAACAUUACAAACUAAAGAGAGUGACGCCGUCGGCAAGCCCAAAUCCUCUACACAUGAAUGGUGACAGAAAGUUUGUGGUUGCAGCUUCUGGUAACAUAAAGAAAACUCAAGUCAUGGCUGUCGGUCUGGACAGAGGGCAAGGGGAGGUUCCUGUGAACGGAAAAACGGAAGUGGAAAUAGACGAUGAUUGUUACGUUGUUGAAAGUGGACCAGACAAACCCGCUGAGAUGAUUUACCAAGUAACCUCAUCUGUCCCUAUUAAGACUUGACCAAUCUACAGAGGCACAUCCAGUUUUGCAUGUCACAUUUUAUGUUAAUUAUGGACCAAGUGCUUAAAGGCAACAGUCACCUGGUUGGAACAGCAUUUACUUGUUUAGGUACAUUGCACAGGAACACAAUGCUUCCUGGCUUUCUCCAAACUACUUUCAAAGAUAAAGAAGUGUAAGAUGAAUAGUUACAAUAAACACGUAUAUUAAUUAAGAUGGAGUUCUUUUGUAAGUAGUCACCCCAACAAUUGACUUCCCAAGAGUCUAUAGUUUGUGUCCCCUGCGAUGGUUAUAGAACAUGUAAAUCAAAGUUUAUUAUCUAAAUGUCUGUGCAUGGUUUGCCCAUGUUUGGUGGGAUAACCAGGUGCUGUAUUAUAGUCGUAUCGUUUUAUAUAUGUUUUUAGUAUGAUCAGAAUGUGUUUUGAGGCUGUGGCGGUUGUAACCACAAUACUUUGUGUGUUCUUCCCAGAUUUGUCAGACUAAGAAUACAGUAUAUGUUGUAUUAAACUAUAUUUUCAAACUCACUUUGUGUGUGUG